GUGAGCAAGUGCCUGUCAGAGCAGCCAGCCCAGCACUCAGCAUGGACACUAACUGUCAAUCCAACAGCCAGCAGACUCUCUGGAAAGAUGUUGAAACUGCAAAGGAAAAGCAGAGUAACUACCGCAGGUUCCAGCUGGGGGCGCUGAUCGGGGCUCUUGUGAUUCUUUCCCUGGUUCUCAGUAUAUUCAGUGUGAGGCACUUCUGGACCCAAAGCACUGGCAAGGUGUAUGACCUGCAGUACAAGGUGCUGAUCGAUGGAGAAGAGAGAGACAGUUUAAUGGAGAUCGACUCUGCGAACAGGAUUGAGGUGUUCCGCACUGGGAAUGGCAGUGAAGAGGUUCUGGAGAUUCACGACUUCAAGAAUGGAAUAACUGGAAUCCGCUUUGCCAAACAUCAGAAAUGUUACAUCAGGACCCAAACCAAAGAACUUCCCAACGUCACAGAACUGGAGAGUGGAGAUGCUGUGGGGCUGGAUGAGGAUAUCACAGCAAUCGAGUUUGAAGACUCUCAAGUGUGGGUGCCAGCUGAGGAAGCUAUUGAGAACCGUGCCUUCCUGCUGGACUCGAAAAUCUUUGAAGCCUGUGAAACCCUGCCUAUUCACUGGAUCCACCCAUCAUCCCUCAAAGCUUUAAUUUCAGAUGCAGAGUUCCACGACAUUGAAGAUGUAGAGUUAUCCAAGGAUGAUGAGGCUCGUGAGGACUCUGCCCUACUCGCCAAACCGAAUGGAAACCGCAAGGCCAGAGACAUUGCAGACCACCUCCCUGUCAACGACUAUAGGGAGAAUGAAGUGGAGCUGGACAGCAGACUGGACGAAAGGGGGAUCUGCUGCCAGUACUGUCGCCGUGGUUACCGCUUCUGCCAGCGCUACUAUGAACCUCUUCAUGGUUACAUGCCAUACCCUUACUACUACCAGGGGGGCAGAGUGAUCUGCCGAAUCGUCAUGCCGUGCAACUGGUGGAUAGCCCGGAUGCUCGGGAGAGUGUAGAAGCUAACCAGUGUUUACUGGCUUACGUGCCAUACUGUACUGCACCUGUAAGGACCUGUGGCAUUGUUUUACUGAUUUUCUUUUAAUUUCUUUUUAAUCUUUUAGUGGGCAACUUUUUUUGUUUUUGAAACGCCAUCUAAUGUUUAUUAAAUUCAUGAUAAUUUUUCACUUAUUCCAUGCUAUUUUAAUGCCUUUUCAGUUUAUGGGUUUUUCAGCUUGAUACAAAUGUACUCUGUUUUGUAACAUUACAUAUUUUAACAUAACCUAAUGACCUUAAUGAACCUUAAUGAAAUAAAUCUCACUCCCAUAGAAUAAGCACGGGAAACUUUAGUGUGGGCUAUUAAAAUAGCUUGUAAAUAACAUUUUAGUAUACAUAACUUCAUAACACAGGUACAUUAAGUGCACUUAUUUACACAGUGCUUACCAUUAACUAAUAUUGACUUCAUGCACUACAAUUCUGUAAUUGUGAGGAUGGAACCCCUCCUCAAAUUCCACUCUUAUCAUUGAGAGGUAGGACUGGAACAGCUUCAGUACAGCUGCAGGACCAGUAGUUUAGGAUUCUUAUACGUUGAGCUGUCUUCUCCUUAGAGAACCGUGAACCUUAACUAAAGUCCACAACACUGCUUUUCAAUUUACCCACUGGUACAUGAAAUUGCAGCUUUUAUUUUUUUACAAUAAAUGAGAAUUUUUUUUUUUUUUUUUUAAAUAUAUAUUAGCCUUAAAUUACUGUUCUGUAGAUAUGCAUGCAUGCCUAUUGUUACAAUACAAUGUGCUUAAUCUUGUGUAGACUGGGGAAUUACCACUGCUUGAUUGCAUUUAGACUUAUUCUAUCAAGUAUGUUGUUGUACCCCUGCCUCCUGCUCUACCAGUAAUGCUGUGGAAUAGAAGCCCUGCAGCAGAUAAAAUAACUUUAACAAAUCUGCUAGUCUACAGAGAUGUGACAUUUUUUAGAGGAUGUGCUGCUUCAUUUCUUGCUUGUCAGCCAGAGGGUCCAAGGUUCAAGUCUCCUCUCCACAUUAUGAGUGGUAACUGGGAUCGAAGGCAUUCAUUUCUACAAUGUACAUUAUACAGAAAACCACAGUAGUCCUUUCAGGUCAGAGGUCCACAUUCGUGUUAUGUUUUGAGAUAGGGUGUUGGUUUUAAGAUGGACAAUCUGGGUCAAUUCAGCUGAUCAAAACGGUGGCGGAUGAAAGGCUAUCACCAUUUAAAUCGUCAUGCACCAAGAAUAUGUGAACCAAAAUCUCAUUUCAUUGUGAGAAUAGAACUUUCCCCAGCAAACUGCCUGUGACAAAGCUUUUGAAACUGUUGCUGAAGCACGACUCGAUGAACCUCAGUCUAUUAAACACAAGUUGAGAUGUCUGGUAUAAAACAAUACUCUUAUAUAAACCCAAGUUAUAAUAUUUAUUUUCUAAAUAUGUGAUGUGAAAACAUAUGCAUGCUUUAAUAAAGUACAGGUUUAAAAGCAGCAUGUUGAAUUUUCUUUUCCAUAUUAAAUGUUAACAAAUACCAUUUUCGCUUCACCCAGACUGUCUGCAGCAGUGCCCUUGGUUGAACUCUACAGCUUUUUCUCCAAGUGCUGUUGAUGGAUUGUGGCACUUGUGUUAUAUAAGUUAGAAGAGAAUAUAUGUAUGCAAAAAUACCAGAGGCAGCAGGCAGUGCUGCUUGAUAUUUCACUACAACGGCAGUUUCGUUUACUGUGGGAAGAGCAAGACAUUAAAAUUCUGACAGCAUUACUGCUACUGCUUAUCCCAUUAUUACAUUAAACAGGGUUUAAAAUUGAGCCUUUUUUGUUAUUACUGGUACAACUGUAGAUUGUAAGGUCACAGCGGAGGGUAAUGGACAUUUGCAGCCAAGUUUAACACUCAGGCCACUUCUUAAAUAUUGAGGCAUCCUUGAAUGGAAAAGUGCAUGACUAUCUGGAAUUUGUGGCAUGGGCUCUUAUUUUACUCUCCCCAAAAUAGUCCUGCAAUGGAAUGUGUUACCCUUAUUGUCAGUCACAAAUGCACCACCUAUUUUAAUUCCCCCCACCCCACCAGCCAGUCAUUCUGCCUAUAUUCAUCCUUCUCUUCUUGCUGAAGGAUGCUUGUGGUAAAAGUUUCACAGUACCCUGGAGGCUUGUCUGUAAAGAAAAGCAAGCUGACCAAAAUUGAAUUCACAAGUUGGACUCAUAAUAGCAGAAUACCCACUAGGAAUGAUAAUGGCUGGAAACAUGCAGUCUGCAAUCCAGUGAUAGCCACUCCAAAAAAAAUUUAAAAAUACCAUAAAAAAUGCAUGCUGUUUGAGAAUGGCUGUGGAAUACCUCAGCUGUUGUUUUUUUAGACUGUUUAGACUUUAAAAAAAAAAAAACCUGGUGAAGUUACAAACGCAUUACGCAUCCAAAACACGUCUUAGCAGAGCUUCAGGAUUGGCUCAAUGUGCCAUUGCACAUGGUGGCAAUCGUUAGCCCCACUCAAGCAUGAUGUUCCACUAUGUGUUUGUUUCAUAUUUUAAACGUUUUCCUUCACUCUCUGACUCGCUGGCUGGCACACAGAUACACUGGACAGUAUCACAGUUCAGAUUCAGUGAAGCAUCCCCAUGCUUUAAAAAAAUAAAAUAAAGAAAGAAAAAAAAUCGAUAUUGUGCGAGACAGAAGAAGAAUGAGCCUGGUGCUACCUGACCUUAGCCCCGACACAGCUGAAGGGAAGAACCUCACAGCAGGGCUAGCACUGCAUACACUGCUUUACAUCAUUUCAAAAGUUGAAAAAAAAACACAAAAGGAAAGGUUUUAGGUGCAUUUUCCGUAUGUUUGUUACUUCUUGAAUCUACCUUUUUUAUAUCUACAGAUAGUAGAGUCCAUUUCAUUGGAAUUCCAAAUGUAAAGGAUUACUUGGUCUAAUACCAGCAAGUGUAUUUCUUAAAUCCUAACAGCAGACUGCUCCUGCUCUUACACUUAGGAGAAAAUGAUGGUAACAAGAAGAAGCUAUUUGUACAACUAAGUCUUUUCUCUUGUUAGUAACCCAAGGGCACCAUUCUCAUUGCUUAUUGAAUGACCGCAGUGUCUGCUGAAAUAAUCCUUGGUGUUAUGAUUUGGGAAAUGUGUUCAUCUGUCUUAAAAAUGUAAAUCUUUUCACCAUCUGCAAGCUUAAGGAUAACCAGUUGCUAACACCCAAAAAUAUAACUGCUUACUUUCCUUGUCUGAGAUGCACCAACUCUUUUUCUGUCUUCGAUUCCAGCUUCAGCAAAUGUACAUUAGCAGCAAGAAUGCGUUUGACAGACUAUGUAAAGGCAAGGGAUUUGUGAGGUUAAGGAAGUUAAAAAAAAAAAAAAAAGUUUCCAUUUAGAAGGCGGCAGAAAAAAAUCAUUCCAAAUCAGAAUUCACAUUUGCAAGGAUAGCGUAUGCAGACACUAGGGAAUACAAGGAAAAGGGAAAGAUAAUUGUCUGUGCAAAACAAGCAAGAAAGAAAGAAAAAUAAACCAGCAGCAAGGAUCUCUUUGUAAGUGCAGCAGCUGGUCACCGAGGCAUGCACAAGGUAAACUUAUAGUGGCAGCCAGGCAAAGGAAUGCCGGUUUGAGUGAGUGUUCAAUUAAAAACUAUUUUAGUUCAUCUACCUGUUCAAGACAUUCCUCCACAGGUCAGUAAUGCAAAUGGAUUUGUAGUUGCCCUCUUUUCACAGUGCAGUGUUAUCGCUUUCAGGUUUGUGAAAAUCUUCAAUAAUGGAUUACCUAAAUGGAGUGUGAAGCUGAGUACUGGUGAAACUCCACAUGAGGCAUCACACUGCAGCCUUCCACUUUUUAUGGACACUAGCUAAAAAAGCUCUAUGUCAUUUUACAUCUGCAAACUAUCAGAGUUAUAUAUCUAUACAACUGUGAUACUGUCACUUCCAGGGGAAUCUGAUAACAAUGUAGUUAAUAUCUGCAAUUUAGACAGUCUAGGGCAGUGUAGGGUGUCUUUUAUUGUAUUAGAUGGCACUCUUAGUUUGGGUAAGAGGACUGUUAAAUCAAGCUUUAGUGCAUAAUUUUGUCUCUUACAAUAAGAAAACACUUGACACACUACAAACUUACUAUAAAUGACAGAAAAGGAUCUUGCACUCUGUAACUAUU